CACGCUCACACAUCCACACCAGGCCUGCAGAUGACUCAACAUCCCACACACGGCCCUUCCACCGCUGACCUCUCCUCUCCGGGUGCAUAGCUGAUGGCUGAUCUCAGAACACGGCUAGGAGUCCUGGCCCCGUGCUCACGCAGCGUGGAGGAGCCCAGCCCCCACCAGCCACCUGUGCUGCCCCACGCAGGAGCGGGGGCUGCCAUUGCCCCGUCAGGAGGGGUAGAGCACUCCCAGAAGGAGGGCAGCGAGCCCUGGGCCAGGAGGGCGGCCUGCGGUGCCCCUGAGGCCAACCACGACCCCCCAGCACCGUGUGGAGCAGACCCCAGUGCAGCCGGCACAGGCACAGGUGCCAGGGGAAGUGCCGUAGCCGGCCCCACAGUGGCCAGCCUCGGGAGACGAGGCCCACCCGGCACCCUGCCCACCCGUGCAGCUGGCGGCCUGGGAGGAGAGCAUGUUAGGGUUCAGAGCUGCAGACUCUCCAUCACUAGCACCUCGCACUCGACGACUUCCAGAGCUGACUCGGGUAGUUCCCGGGAGCCCAGACACAGCAGCCGACGUCCUUCUGGUGCUUCCUGCGCAUCUGCAUCGGUGUCCCUGGACAGUGGACAUUCACGAGGCCCCCUCCUCAGAGCUGGGGUUCACUGCUCAGCCAGCGUGUCCCCAUGCCAGGGCCCACCCUGUGUGUGUUCCCCUCUCACCUGGGAGGCUGUGGCCGCGUCCACGGCCAGGUGCCUAGCGACUAGGAGUCCGUCCAGGGGACAGUGCAGCAAGUUCCUGACGGUGUGGACCUCACGCCUGACCAUGCGUGGUGCCAUCCUGGCAUACUUAGGAAUGCCAGACACGGAGCGGCUGUAUUCCGUGGUGUUCCAGGAAAUCUGUGGUCGCUACGAGAAGGACUACAGCUGGGACGUCAAGUCGCUGGUCAUGGGCAAGACGGCCCUGGAAGCGGCUCAGAUCAUCAUCGACGUCCUGCAGCUGCCCAUGUCCAAGGAGGAGCUGGUGGAGGAGAGCCAGGCCAAGCUCCAGGGGCUGUUCCCCACCGCCCAGCUCAUGCCAGUGCCUGGUCUUCGAAGACGCUCCCAACGGGGUGGAGGCGGCCCUGGCGGCCGGGAUGCAGGUGGUGAUGGUCCCCGAUGAGCGCCUGAGCCGCGACCUGACGAGCAAGGCCACCCUGGUGCUGCGCUCCCUGCAGGACCUGCAGCCCGAGCUCUUCGGCUUGCCCGCCUACGACUGAGGGCCACCGCGCUCCGGCCGCUGCAGCGGGCCUCCUGGGCCCCGCCCACGAUCGGGGUCCACCUGCGGAGGGGAGGGGCGGAGGGAGACGGCAGCCCAGGUGCAGCCAUGUCAGCCCUGAGCUGGCGUGGCCCAGUUUUGCUCCAGGUUGAUGGCCGUCCACUGGACACUUGAGAGAGGACAGAGACCGUGCAGAGCAAGGUCCAGCGUACAGCACAUGCUGCGGGCACACAUGUUCCGUGUGGUCUGCGUGCCUGCUCCCUGCUCGCCAGGCACAGGACACGACACGCGGCCAUUCCCUUAUUCUAGUUCUCAACAUGGGCAGCUGCACCGUGUCGCCCCGUGUGCUGCGUGUAUGCACUGCUGUGUGUGCAGGCGUGUCGCACGCCCUCCGCUGCACACCCUGGGCCCCCACCGACUCCUCUGCUCCGC